ACAAAUGAUACCGGACCAUUUUGCACACGGCGAAGAUCAAAGGUCAAAAUAUGGCGACUACGGGAAAGCCAAUCACAUGCAAAGCUGCAGUUGCCUGGGAGGCGAAGAAACCUCUGUCCAUCGAGACUGUGGAGGUGGCACCACCUGAGGCCCAUGAAGUCAGGAUAAAGCUGACCCACACGGGUGUGUGUCACACAGAUGCCUACACCCUGGAUGGUUUUGAUUCCGAGGGAAAGUUCCCCGUGAUUCUGGGUCACGAGGGUGGUGGCAUUGUUGAGAGUGUUGGUGAGGGCGUCACUGCAGUUGCUCCGGGAGACCAUGUGAUUCCUCUGUACAUUCCCCAGUGUAAGGAGUGUGUCUUCUGUAAGAGCCCCAAAACCAACCUGUGCAGUAAAAUCCGGGAGACUCAGGGUCGUGGGGUGAUGCCAAAUGGCACGUCACGAUUCACCUGCAAGGGCCAGACAGUGUACCACUUCAUGGGAUGUAGCUCUUUCAGCGAGUACACUGUUGUCGCUGAUAUCUCUGUAUGCAAGGUGAACCCAGCAGCCCCUUUGGAGAAGGUGUGUCUGCUAGGCUGCGGUAUUUCUACCGGCUAUGGAGCUGCACUCAAUACUGCCAAGGUUGAGGAGGGUUCCACUUGUGCUGUGUGGGGUUUGGGGGCUGUUGGGCUGGCAGUUGUCAUGGGAUGCCGAGCUGCAGGAGCUAAGAGGAUCAUAGGAGUCGACAUCAACAAGGACAAGUUUGAAAUUGCUAAGAAGUUUGGGUGUACAGAGUUUGUGAACCCCAAGGAGCAUGACAAGCCUAUCCAGAGUGUGAUGGUGGAAAUUACGGGAGGGGGUUGUGACUACACCUUUGAAUGCAUUGGCAAUGUCGCCACCAUGAGAGCAGCACUCGAGUCGUGUCACAAGGGAUGGGGAGUGUCCACAAUCAUCGGAGUGGCUGCAGCAGGUCAGGAGAUCGCCACGCGCCCAUUCCAGCUUGUCACAGGAAGAACAUGGAAGGGAACAGCUUUUGGGGGUUGGAAGAGUGUUGAGAGUGUCCCUGUGUUGGUGGAACGCUAUCUGAAGAAGGAGGUCAUGGUCGACGAGUUUGUCACUCACAACAUGCCCCUCUCCGAUAUCAACGAGGCAUUUGACCUUAUGCACGCUGGCAAGAGUAUUCGUGCGGUCGUGGCCCUACAGUAAAUGGGAAGCCCUUUUGUAUGCUCAACAUACCCCGGUAAUGCAUCAUGGCAGAAAAGAUUAUUAAAAUUUUCAAAUGUUAUGUUAAGAGGACAUUUGAAAGAGAAGUUACAAAUAUAGAAAUGAUGUGUUUAUUGCUAAAUGUUUAUUUCUGUUUGCCUUUGAUUUUAUGAAGGAUGUUGUGAAUGUCUAGAGUACUAGUCAUCUAUCCACCCAUGUAAACUAUAUAUAUAUAUAUGGGCACAUGUACCAGCCAUUGAGGACAUGUACCAAACAUGGUCUGUAACUAAUUAGUUUUAAUAAUUUGGUGCUUGGUUUGUGAUAGAACACACAUUAUGUAUACUGUACAUCUUACUUAAGUAUCAUUAUGUGAGUUGUGAUUCGUGGUGACAAUCAUUAACAAAUGUUGUUACAUCUAGGCUGGAACAUGUGGUAUACAUGUAGUUGCUACUGUGUACCAUGAUGUUGUAAGACAACUACCAGUAUUGCAAUACUUGUAAAGUGAAUAUGCUAUUAAAGGUAUUGUUUUGAUAAAAGAUAACAUGAUCAAUAACACAUAUUUGUUAAGGUUGAAUGUGUUUUUUUCUCAGAAAAUACAAUAAUGGUUAUGUCACCUGUAAUCGAAUGAUAAUACAUGCAUUUAUUCUGUAGACUUUUCCAACUUUGAAAAAGUAUACAAUCCUAUCACUAUUAGUGCUAUAAUUCCUGCCAUAUAUCGUCUAAAUCUAUUAAAUAAAAUUAAAAAUAUAA